AGUUCGGGUGCGUGGCGGCAGGUCUCGACGCGGCGCCCACCCUCCGACGGUCGGACUCUUUGACCAAAUCCGAGAAAACCGAAAACAAUUUGAAGGAAAAAUCCGAAAAACGUAACCGGGAUUUCAAACGAAGUGAUAGCUUCGAGAAGAAAUCCCGAGACGCGAGGCUACAGCAGCAACAGUCGGAGUAUCUGCGUCACCUGAAGAGCGAGCAGCUGAAGACGGACAGCGGACACAAGCAGCGACGUCUGUCCACCGACGUCCGUCAUCGACGUCAUAACGUCAAGGAGCUUAAGGAAAAAUUUGAGCCCGUGCCCGCCAGGGAGAACCCGUGUGCCGGAGGAGGACCUGGGGGAGGAGGUGGUGGCAAAAAGAGCAAACGCGCUCGUGGGGCGGCCGUCAAACGGCGACACACCGUGGGGGGGACGAAGGACCUGAGCAGGGUCGUGGCGCUGCAUAAGAUGCUCCAGCAGCUGCAGCAUCCCAGUCAGCUGCAUCAGCUGACUUCUUUACCGCAGCUGACGUUGCAGCAGCUGCUGACGGUUGGAGAGGCCAGGGAGCGGCUGGGGACCUCUUCCCCCGACCUACUGACGCUGCUCCUGCAGGGGGGUGACGAGCGCAGGCUCAAGGAACCGUGGCUGCUGCAACCCGUGCUUGAGAGCCACGUCUGACCUCGCCUUCUUAUCGUUGGCUGUUCGUGGCCCUCCAAUACUAACGCAGUUCAAGGGUCACAUCAGUUCGUUCGACGCUGGGCAUGUUGGCCUCCGACUAACAUCUCUUCCUCUAUCAGUGUUAUCAUCAGUUAAUGGUAUCGCCAAACAGUGUUAUCAUCAGUUAGUGGUGUCACCAAACAGCGUUAUCAUCAGUUAGUGGUAUCACCAAACAGCGUUAUCAUCAGUUAGUGGUAUCACCAAACAGUGUUAUCAUCAGUUUGUGGUAUCACCAAAUAGCGUUAUCAUCAGUUAUUGGUAUCACCAAACAGCGUUAUCAUCAGUUAGUGGUAUCACCAAACAGUGUUAUCAUCAGUUAGUGGUAUCGUCAAAAAGUGUUAUCAUCAGUUAAUUGUAUCACCAGUGUUAUCAACAGGUGUCAUGUCUUGAAGGCGUUAUCUUGAAUGAGCUGUGGUUUAGUGUCGUGGUAGCCCACGGACGACACGAGCCUCACCGAGAAAUUCAGGGAUACAAAGGUUGGCCUCUUUUCUGUGAUAUCCAGUGACGGAAUUUACGGGAAUCGGUGAAUUACUGUGAGCCGACGAAUUCUGUGAAUAAUGCAUUUAGAUUUAGGACGUCAACUCGAGUGACGCUUCUCAGCUUGCUUACUGCAUAGCCAACACCAUACCUUCUACAAUACAGGAAAUUAUUUAUUAAUAUUAAAAUAAAUGUGUGAAUUCAGUGGAAUUUGGGAGUUGAUAAGAAGAAAUAAUUAUUUUGAAGCAUGUCUCACUAUUAGCCAUUCAAACGUAUUGAAUCUCAGGGGCGAAUCUUGCUACCUGAACAUUUUACCAAGUUUGAACAGCACUCGACGAAUAAAACUUGAAACGAAGUGAUAUCAUCAAGAAAAAAUCCGAUACGCGAAGCAGCACGCAGAGUGUCUGCGUCACCACAGAUGACGUUUGACACACCAUACAGUGUACGGGUUAACUGCAUGCUGUACAGGGUAGACCAGGUCCAGGGCAGCGAAAUUUACCGUAGCCGUGCCUCAAAACUCGUGCUUCGCGCUGUGAUGCUAUC